CUGUGCAGAAGGGUCAGAGCUGCAGAAAUGGCCACGGGCAACCUGCUUCUGGCUUCUCUGCUCCUCUCUCUUGCUUUGGUGUUGGCCAAGGGCACUACGAACUCCGGCUUUGUGGGCAGGAUCACGGACAAAGGCCUGGAUUAUGCUCGCCAGGUGGGGGUUGCAGUCCUGCAGCAGAAGUUGGCCACGCUGACACUGCCUGAUUUCUCUGGCUCCUUCAGGGUCCAUGUUCUGGGCAAUGUACAAUACAAAUUGCACAGUCUGAAGAUUCAGCAUUUCCAGCUGCCGAGUUCAACAAUAGCACCCGUCCCAGAUGCAGGUCUCAAGGUCUCCAUCACCAAUGCCUUUGCUGAGUUGACGGGUGAUUGGGAGGUGAAGAGUUGGAAGCUCAAGGACCAUGGCUCAUUUGACCUGAAGGUUGAAGGUCUGUCCGUCUCUGUUGGCUUGAAGCUGGGUACUGAUGCCACGGGGAGACCAACUGCUGCCACCUCGGAUUGCAGUGCCCAUAUCUCUGGCGUCAACGUGCACUUUUCUGGCAAGUUGAGCUGGCUGUACAAUCUCUUCCACAAAAAGAUCGAGUCAUUGUUCAGAAAGACCAUGGAAAGCAAGGUCUGUGAGGAGGUGGCCAGCUCUGUCAGCUCCAAACUGCAGCCUUUUCUGCAGACUCUGUCAGUAACAGCAAAAAUUGACCAUGUGGCUGGGAUUGAUUACUCCUUGGUUGGGCCUCCUGUUGCUACAAAUAGUUCUCUGGAUCUGGAUCUAAAGGGUGAAUUCUUUUCCCUCACCCAUCGCUCUCCUGCUCCCUUCCCGGCACCUGCUUUGGCUUUUCCUGUGGAUCACGACCGCAUGCUUUAUUCUGGGAUCUCCAGCUAUUUAUUCAACACGGCUGGUAGUGUGUACUUCACUGCAGGAGCUCUGGCCUAUGAGAUCACUGAUGACAUGAUUCCCAAGGAGUUUAAAAUCCGAUUGAAUACCUCAUCCUUUGGACCCUUUAUUCCGGAGGUGGAAAAGCGGUACCCCGACAUGCUAAUGAAGCUUCACGUCUUAUCUUCUUCGGCCCCGUCUUUGAACAUCACCCCUGAAGGCCUCUCGUUGGCUCCUGAAGUGGAUGUCCAAGCCUUUGCCAUUCUCCCCAACUCCACCCUGGCUCCCCUGUUUGUGCUGGGGGCAUCUGCCAGUGCUUUGGCCAAAGUUGCUGCCAGGUCUACCAAGAUUGUUGGGGCCCUGGAGCUUAGCAGGUUGCAGCUGUCCUUGAAGCACUCUGAUGUUGGACCCUUCUCCGUACAACUGAUGCAGAGUCUCAUAAACUUCUAUGCUUCAAACAUCCUUAUUCCUCAGAUUAAUGCACGGCUGGCCGAGGGCUUCCCACUUCCUCUUCUGGACCACGUGCAGCUCUCCAACCUCAUCCUCGAGCCUCGUCAGGAUUUCCUGCUCUUUGGAGCAGAUGCUCACUAUGGUUAGUGAAGAUGCAGGCAGCAGAAAGAGGAGUGAUGACGAUAAACGGAAACAUGAUGUCGGCCUCACUUCAGCUGCUUCAUUUUAGCUUUGCAUUAAGGGAAAAGCUCCCCAGGAAUGUUGUUGUUAUCUUCUUGUCUGGGCUGGCAACAACGUCCUCUCUUUGGUGCUGUCCUUUCUGGUUGCAAACUCUCCUUCUGCUGGACAGCUGCAUGAGAGGCUCCCUGACAUGCCCACAGGCCAAGAGGAAGGGCUGAGCAAGUGGUCCAUGUCCUUUGACUCAUUGGAAAUACCUCGGCUGUAGGGCUGCACUCUCUGUCCUGCAGAGGAAGGGUCUGGAGCUCAAGCAAUUGAGAUAACUUGGGAGCUCCCCCAUCCCUCCCUGUUCCAUGGACAUAUCCCUCCCUCGGGGGUUUCAGCUGAACUUGGCAUCCAAGGCUGGCAUUUAUUCUGCUUUCAACACGGGUGGAAGUCCAUCCAAAUGUGGCGCUGCUGCAUUCGAUGCCUUGAAAUGCAUGGGGGAGGAGAAUCUAGCAACAAAUCCUAGCCGUGUUUGCUGAAUAAAUCCUCCAUGUUCAGAGGGAGUCUACCAGUGAACACCCUCUGCUUCAUGUCUUGCCUGUGGACAUCUCUGAGAUCUUUGAUCUGUUUAAGUAAAGCUAUUCUUGUGUUUUCAAAGAAUUAAAAAGAACCCGUUUCUCUUUGUCUUGUA